CUGUUUACAUCAGUUCGUCACAAACUCUCCCAGAGAAAGCUGCGCUAAAUCACGCACGAAACACAAUGCUACAAUAAUACGAAAUGUUUGCGGUAAACAAAUCAGUGCUUAUCGCUGUACUUUUACACAGUUGUUUCGCCACAAUUUACGCAAGAGUAAUACAAGAAGAAACAUCUUCGGAUGCGUGUCCACCUCCUCAAUUAGCCUUCAACGGUACAGAAACCGAGCAGGGAGAAGUUCGAAUUCGCAAGGAUUACACGCACAUUCGCGAAGUGAAAUUUUCCGGUUCAAUUGGCCCCCUUGGUGAAAAGCGUCUUUGCAAAAUCAAAUGUAUCGGAGGUCAAUGGGUGGGCCCUCUCUGUGUCGAUAAUCACGAUAAUGGCAGGUUUCAUCCGCUUUUCAGGAGCUGUAAGCUGGAGUACAUCAAUCCGCAUCUGGUGGUUACCUUCAGGAAUGUCUCCAUUCAAACCGCCGGAUGGGUGUUUCCCCACGAGGCCAAACUUCAGAUAAGAUGUCGUGAGCUGGGGCUGUACAAGCUCUUGGGGACGGCGUCACCACGCUGUCAAAACGGCGUUUGGUCGGCGAGACUGCCGUCAUGUGUGCCCACAACGCUCCUCACCAAUUUCACAGAGGACGCUCCGCCGACUCUCCUAAUCAGGAUACCAUCGGGCUCGGCGUCCGUCGAACCCGGAGGGGAAUUGGCGGUGUUUCCCGGAUCGACUGUGCACCUGGAAUGUCUCUUUUCCCGGCGACUUGGUUCACCAGAUUGGACGUGGACGUCUCCCCUGGGACAAUAUCUCACCGGUUGGGCAAUAGCGGCAGAAGAGCGUGAUUGGAAGUAUAGAUUAUCGAUUUAUUAUGUGAAGCCCCAAGACUCCGGUACGUUCACUUGCGCCACUCCUAGAGGAAUCACCAACAGUCUCACUCUGCAAGUUGCAGCCGUUCAUUGUGACCCCAUCUCUGUGUCGGGCCCCCAUCUCACCAUAAGGGUGGAAGGAACCCGUCUUGGACACACUGCCAUCUUCCAAUGUCCAAUGGGAUUCAAAGUUAAUGGUGCAGCUAAUCUCACCUGUCAGGCUUCGGGCAAAUGGUCAGCCCCUGUUCCAACAUGCGAGCUCGUAAAAUGCGAAUCAUUAGACACCCCCGGCGGCCUCUACGAGCCCCAUUUGCACCUCGAAGAGCACAACAACAGUUACGGAGGCCGUGCUAUCUUCAGCUGUGCCUGGGGCUACCGCCUCAUGGGGCCCCCAGGCAUCGAAUGCGAACUGAACGGUAACUGGUCGGGGCCUUUGCCCAAAUGCGUCCCUAUUCAAUGCCCGCCCCCGGUGAUUCCCGUCAACGGCCACCUCAUCCAGUCGGAGGCGGCGGGCAUGGACGGGGGCCGCUAUGCCGUGGGCAGUUUAGUACAGUUUGCCUGCAGGGGGGCCCACCAGCUGGAGGGCGAAGCCAGCAUUAUUUGUACCGAGACUGGGUUUUGGUCGCACCCGCCCCCUUUCUGCAAACCGCGGUGCCCCUAUUUGGGGGAGCCCGACAAUGGGCUGGUGGCCCCCACGAAGUUUGCCUACGAGCCUGGAGAUGAGCUCCAGAUCACCUGCAGUCCGGGGUUUGAGGCCAGGUUGGAGGCAAGGCCUAAGUGUCUCCCAGAUGGGAGGUGGUCGGCCCCCUUACCCAACUGCACCAAUUAUUCGGAGAUUUAAUAAGAUAUUAAGCGUUGAAUGUUUGUGAUAAUGAUGAUGGGAGAAACAUCGUUGAUUUUAUGACUCGUAAUUAAGUAUUUUUCGGUUAUUUUUUACCAAAAAAGUUGUUACACAUGAUGAUCUCAUGCCGAAUACAAAUUUUUAUCAAAUUGUAGAUAUUUCUAGCGAUAGUGAAUGUAUUUACAACGAAAUUUAUGUACCAUGUAAUUGAUUGGUUUUUUAUGUAAAUAAAUUCAAAAACUGCCUUAAGGUAGUCAAUUUAUAUUCAUCUGUAAAAGUUUAUGUAAUAAAUUUAUAUUGUCAAUAAAACGUACAACUGAU